UAUGUAACACAUGUAAACCAGUGUAAACUCAAAAACAUCAGUGUUAAAAACAAGAAAAAUUUACAUAUAUUACUCAUUUUAUUUAUUUUAUUGAAUAAAAGUUGAAUGUAAAUUAUAAUUAUUGAUAACGGAAAUUAUUUUAAUUGAUUAUUUUCGAAAAAAUAGUGGUAAAUUUUUUGUGUGAUUGCAAAUUGUAAAUCUUGUAAAUCUUAACCCAAAAAUUACUAUUUGUCAACAAUAGACUUUAAAAAUUGAUGAUAAAAAGCAGGAAAUUAAUUCACUAAUUAAUUAGAAUUUUACGUAUUAAUUCUGUAAGUGUAUCAUUUUAAUUGAACAUCAAUUUUUGCAAAGUGCAAAACCGGUGUUAUACAUAACCUCACUUACGUAAUUUCAAGGGCAUUGAGAGUGACUUAUAUCCAAAUAAUUCAAGGCUUUCAAAAUUUCAAGACGCAAAUUUGUUAAUUUUCUUUCAAUGAUUUUUAGUUUUGUUAUUUGAUUAUAAUUUUUUAAGAAGCACAUUCUAUAAAAAAGCGCAGUUAUGUCUAGACGAUUGACUUCCGAUAUAGUUGGUACACUUCGUGGUGCUAAAUUGGUGGUUGAUGCAAUUUUAAAACAACAGGAGAAUUGUGUAAAACAUUCACUUAAAAACUCCAGUGUGGUAUCGGCAGCUGAAGAAAAUCUAAAGAAUUUAAAGCAGAAAUUAAGUAACAUAGAUCCAAGUAAGGUUCCCCAAACAGUCGCCAAGGAAACCAGAGAACUUCUAGAACGAAUUCUCGUCGUUGAAGAAGGCUUUGUUCAGUACUCGAAAGUUAAGACCACAGAAGCUCUGGGCGGAACAAUAAAUUAUGAAUCAAAUUACACAGGGAAAAAAUUAGAAUUCUAUGAUCCUGCAAAAGAUCCAAGAGAAGUGCCUCUGAAUAAUAAUAAUAGAACCGAACAGACAGUUGAAAAUGUUAGUAAAUCGGGAAAAGAAAAAAAAGAAGCUUCAGGCAAACCGACAAAAUAUUCAAGUGUCAAAGAGAAAAUAGAGAAAAUAUCAAAAUCGAGUAACGAGGUACCGAACAUUGAACUCUCGGAUAAGGAGCAGAAAAUUUUAAGAAAACUCGAACUUGAACAUGAGAAAAAGAUCCAACAACUAAAUCCUGAUGGCAGUGGGACAAGAGAAGAAAAAUUGACACACGAGCAAAAGAAGAAAAUUGAUGAAGAUACUCAGAAGAGUAAUAAAGAUGAACAAAAGACAAAAAAUGUUGAUAAAAAUUCUAAUCAACAGGAAAGUAGUGAGAAUAUGACAAUGAAACCAAAGAUUAAACCUUCGAUUAAACCUAGACAGACUCUUUCGGCAACUUCCAAGGAACGGAAAGUUCCGUCAACGAGAUUACAAAGAAUGAUGAGUUUUGGCACACUUGGCGUAGGCCUUGGUGUUGGAACUCUAGCCGAAUAUACUCGCAGAACAUUUAAAAUUAAGGAUCAAAGUGUUGGAGAAACUCUCGAUACUAUGUUUCUAACUAAAGCCAAUGCAGAAAGAAUUGUUUCAACAUUAUGCAAAGUUAGAGGAGCCGCAUUAAAAAUCGGACAGAUUCUUAGUAUUCAGGAUAAUAAUAUAAUCAGUCCCGAAUUGCAAAAGGCUUUCGAACGUGUGAGACAAAGUGCCGACUUUAUGCCGAAAUGGCAGGUGGAGAAAGUGUUGUCCAGUGAAUUGGGUUCUGACUGGAGGAGUAAAUUUUCGACAUUUGAGGAUAAACCUUUUGCAGCAGCUUCAAUAGGUCAAGUUCAUCACGCAACAUUGUUAAACAAUCAGCCAGUGGCUAUAAAAAUUCAAUAUCCUGGAGUCGCGUUGGGAAUUUCAAGUGACAUUGAAAAUUUAGUUGGAGUAAUGAAGGUAUGGAAUAUGUUUCCUCAAGGAAUGUUUAUCGACAACAUUGUAGAAGUUGCGAAACGAGAACUCGCCUGGGAAGUUGAUUAUAUUCGAGAAGCUGAAUGUGCGAGGAAAUAUAAAAAAUUUGUCGAACCUUAUCCUGAGUAUCAUGUUCCUGCUGUUGUAGAUGAAAUUAGUACAAGUCAAGUUUUUACUAGUGAACUAGUGGACGGAAUUCCGGUUGAUAAGUGCGCAGACAUGGACGAAGAGACACGAAAACAUAUUUGUAAAUUAAUAAUGGAGCUUUGUUUGAAGGAACUUUUUGUUUUUCGUUACAUGCAAACUGAUCCCAAUUGGUCGAAUUUCUUUUACAACACGGAGACGAGACAAUUAAUUCUUCUCGAUUUUGGCGCAUGUAGAAGUUAUGAAAAACCGUUUAUGGAUAAAUACAUAGAAGUAAUCAAUGGAGCAAGUGAAGGUGACAGGCAAAAGGUUCUAAAUCUUUCACGAGAAAUGGGAUUUUUGACUGGAUAUGAAUCGAAGAUCAUGGAAGAAGCACACGUCGAUGCGGUUAUGAUUCUAGGUCAAGUUUUUGAUAAAGAGAGUGAAUAUUUCGACUUCGGAGGUCAAGAAGUAACUAAACGAAUACAGAAACUUGUUCCCACGAUUGUAAAUCACAGACUCUGUCCGCCGCCAGAAGAAAUUUACAGCUUGCAUAGAAAGUUAUCUGGCGUCUUUCUACUCUGCGCUAAAUUGAAUGUCAAAAUCAAUUGUCGCGACAUGUUCCGCAAAAUUUAUUCAAAUUAUAAAUUUGGAUAAUAAUCGAUACACAGAGAACUAAUUAACAAAACCGGUGCCUUUUACCUCAGCUAGAUUAAAGAAAAGAAAAAAGUGUAAGUGAAAUUAUUUUGCUACUAAUUAACUCUUUAUCAGUGGUGCUUAGAUUAAAUAAUACUUUUUCUUAUUUUUCGAAAAUAUUGCGAAAAUACUCUAUUUUUUUUAGGAUCAGUGUUAGCGAUCUAGAAAAUUGUCGACGAUAUUUUGUAGAAUUUUAUUACUCAGUGGUAAUGCUGAUUUUUGAUUAUGAUUUUUUUUUUAUCAAGAAUGACUAUACAAAGAUAAAGAAGAAAAAUUUAUUUAUUCUUUUUCUGUAAAUAGAGAGAAUUAUUCGUAAUAUUAAU